AUCGCUGGCUGAGUUGGGACUUCGCUGCGGCCGGUGAUUGGCUGAAUGCAGUAGGAGACUCGCCGACCACCGGCAACCAGGAAGAGGAUCGCGGCGGAGACCGGAGUGGGUUACCGCUGGAGCGAAGGAAGAAUGAAGCUGCAGCGAGUCCAACUGAAGUGCAAGAACCUGCAUGAGUUUCUUCAAGAACUGAGCCCAGGGAUUCUCGAUCGUCUGUACAAUCAUCCUGCUACGUGCCUGGCUGUUUUUAGGGAACUCCCAGGACUCGCCAAGAACUAUGUGAUGCGUAUGCUGUUUCUUGAACAGCCAUUGCCCCAAGCAGCUGUUGCUUUGUGGGUGAAAAAAGAAAAUCACAAGGAACAUGAGGAGAAUACACAGAUUUUGUCUGGACUGCGACUAUGGCACACACAACAACUUCCAGGGGGUCUGCAGGGACUUAUUCUAAACCCAAUUUUUAGAGAAAAUCUGAAGAUUGCUCUGCUAGGCGGUGGAAAAGCUUGGGCAGAUGAUGGCAGUCUGCUUGGUCCUGAUAAACAUGGAAAGGAUGUGCCUUCACUGGAUAAAUAUGCAGAGAGCAGAUGGGAGGUUAUACUGCAGUUUAUGGUCGGUUCACCCAGUGCUACUGUUAGCCAGGAUUUGGCACAGCUCCUCAUUCAAGCCGGUCUGAUGAAAAGUGAUGCUGGAGAAGCGCCUAGCAUUUCUUCUGCAGGAUUUCAGUUUUUGCUUCUGGACACAGCAUCUCAGCUCUGGUAUUUUAUGCUUCAGUACCUUAAAACAGCUGAGACUCGGGGAAUGAAUCUGGUGGAGAUACUGUCCUUCAUGUUCCAGCUAAGCUUUUCUACGCUUGGAAAGGACUACUCUGUGGAGGGGAUGAGUGACUCACUACUGACGUUCCUACAGCACCUACGAGAAUUUGGACUGGUGUUUCAGAGGAAGAGAAAGUCUCGUCGCUAUUAUCCAACUCGUCUGGCGAUAAAUCUGGCUUCUGGAAUCUCUGGGACUACACCUGACAGUCAUAAGCAGGGAUUUAUUGUGGUGGAGACUAACUACAGAAUAUAUGCAUACACAGAUUCAGAACUUCAGAUCGCACUUAUUGCUCUCUUCUCGGAAAUGCUUUAUCGGUUUCCUAACCUGGUGGUGGCACAAGUUACUAGAGAAAGUGUUCAACAAGCUAUUGGAAAUGGCAUCACUGCUGAGCAGAUAAUCCAUUUCCUUCGGACCAGAGCCCACUCAGUAAUGUUGCAGCAGAAUCCUGUGCUUCCCCCGACCAUCACUGACCAGGUUCGUCUUUGGGAACUCGAGAAAGAUCGCCUCCGUUUCUCUGAAGGUGUUCUUUACAAUCAGUUCCUAUCACAGGUGGACUUUGAAUUACUGAGGAAUUAUGCUCGGGAUCUUGGAGUACUUGUAUUUGAAAACCCAGCAAGGCGUGUAAUGGUGGUUACACAAGCAGGCCAUUCAGAUGUUAAACGUUUCUGGAAGAGACAAAAACACAGCUAGUGAGACGCACAUGGGAUUUUUGAAUACAGCUCAGGAGUGAUUUCAGCUCUCUGGACCUGUUUGCCAUUGAUGUGCAAGCCUUGCAUAUUUUUGUACAAUCUUUAGUUACAAGACACUAGCACAUCUUGUGUUUAUCACAGGGCUUCCCGUCUAUACAAGAACAAACAACUUUUUACUUAUAUUGUGACCCCUUUUUUUUAUAUAUUCACUGGGAUUUUUUUUUUUUUUAAGCUAGUGUUCUCACACAUCUGGAUUUAAUAGUAUUGUUAUCUAGAAAACUUUCAAUAUUUAUUGGACCUAAAUGACUAAAAGAGGUUGUGCCAUCUUGGAAAGUACUCUGCUGCUUCCACGUAUACUAUAUAGAAUGAAUGAAGAGGAGCGUUCUUGAUAUUGAGGGGGGGGGGGGGGGCAACAGUGGACGGACCGUGACGCAAUCAAUUACCUAUUCCCUGUCCUGUGAAUAGGUGAUAACAUUCCAAGAUGGCAACUGCUUUAACAGUUAGUCCUCUACAUUGCUGACAAUGGACUGGAUCUCUGAAGAUCACAACAGAUUUUCCCUGUAAUUGCUUUCUCAUUGCUGCUUUAUAAAUAAAGUGUUUAGGAGGCGUACUGUGUUUUUUUGCUUUCCCUCAGAAGAUACUGCUUUUGUGAAAAUGAAAAUUACUGAAAAAAUACUUAUUUAUGUAAUAAAUUCAUCUAUCU